CCUCCGCAAAUCUCCGCAGGGGCUGCCGUGGAGACCGGGGCUGACGGCGUCUUAGCGAGGGCCGUGAUUGGAGCAGAGCCGCUAAUCCUCGGGAGGCGUGGGAGGCAUGCGUGGUUGGAAGGCAGCGCUGCCGCGGGUUCCCCCCUGAGAGGCUAGCGCACGUCGCUGGGGCCCCAGACGCCUGGAGCAGAGGCGGGGAGCACGGGAAUCGGCGGCCGGAAGUGUGACCUGAUGCAGCCUCACCACAUCCGUCCCCAGGGUGAGCAGUAGCCUCGGGGCCAAGCCAUCUUUCUGAUGAGGCCGGCAGCACUGUGCUCCCCGGGGCACACAGCCCCGGAGGACGAGAGCCCCAUCGUGGUGAAGCUGGAGGAGGAGGAGGAGGAGGAGGCCACCCCAUGGGAUCCCGGCCCAGAGGCUGCGUGCUGGUGUUUCUGGCACUUCCGCUACGAGGAGGCAGCAGGGCCCGGAGAGGCCCUGGACCUGCUCCGGAAGCUGUGCCGCCAGUGGCUGCGGCCGGAGGUGCACUCCAAGGAGCAGAUGCUGGAGCUGCUGGUGCUGGAGCAGUUCCUGAGCACGCUGCCCCCCAAGAUCCAGGCCCGAGUGCGAGGGCAGCGGCCGGGCAGCCCCGAGGAGGCCGUGGCCCUGGUGGAGGGGCUGCGUCGGGAGCCAGGAGGACCCCGGAGAUGGGUCACAGUCCAGGUGCAGGGGCAGGAGGUGCUGUCAGAGAAGGUGGAGCCCUCCGACUUCCAGCCCCUCCCGCAAACCAAGCCUCAGACUACGGAGCCUGGGCCUGAGACAGAGGUCACCACGCCGAGGUCGCCACCGAGCCCUCAGGUGAAAAAGGAGCCCGAGGACCCAGCUGAGGACAGGCAAGAGUUUCUGGAUUCUGAGGCUCCGGUCAACCCCCAGGAGGCUGCUUCCACUCUCCUGCCUGAGGCCCAGGACUGUGGGAUGUUGCUGGACCAGGCCUCUCCCCACAGCAAGACUGAGCCUGAGGGCUCCUCGUGGAGGGAACACCGUGGGGCCCCGUGGGAAGAGGAAGCUGAGGGCAUCCCCUCCCCAGACCUCGCUCUGAACUCUGGUGUGGGACUUAAGUAGCGUUCGGAGACACACCCGUCCACACGCCCCAUCACACGGGAGCUUGCCCGGAUAAAGGAUUCGUUUUAUUAACGCGCUCACAGGUUUCUGAAUCACAUGUUGGUGAGCCUGACCCAUCGGAAAAGCACAUUCGAUCGUGGGACUGGCUGGAAUGGUUUCUUUGAUUUCCUUCUCAUUGUUUCAU